AGAUUCCAUACGAACGAACGACGUCGAAUCGGACGGAACCUCCAUCCGAUGUCUCGAUCAGGAAAGUCAGUCUUGUGACAAAUAGUGAAGUGACAACAGGAAGGAAAUUGUACAAAAUAUCCAGUUUUUAAGCGCUCUUUUUUAUUGGGUCAUUUUUUUUAACUACCUUACUGUUGCAUUACGUGUCCGUCUGCGGCGGGUGUGCACCAACAAAGUCCCAACACGUAAUUGACGUUGAAUGGUCUUGUAGUUUCUUUUUUAUUGCUGUUUUGAUUUACAUGUCAGUGCGCGGAUUUUACAUAUUGGUAUGUAGUGGGCAGGGAAAAACGCCAACAUCGUAAACAGAGUGAAAAAAUAAUUUCCACCGUAACCAUCGAAUCUGCUUCGUGAUCGGGGAGCCACCCGUUGCUGAUAAAUUUCAAGUGAUUGAGGCAAGAGGAGCAACUUUUGGAAUCAUCUAGCAAAAGACCAACAAAGAGGAGCUGCUGUUAUUGGAUUUAGCAGGGAUCACAGCCUGGUGGUGGUUGGAAAAGAACUUCUAGAAAAAACCUAGCAGCCCUCAUGGCCUCCACAGUGGACAGUAAACCGCCUCCGGUGCCAUCGGCACCGAGUUUGGAAGAUCUGAACCCGACAGCAUCGUCAUCGAACGUAGACCGGGAUGGUCCAACGCCAUCUAGCAGCAGUAGCAAAACGACAGAUCCAACGGCCAAGCAACCCUCUUCUUCUUCAGACUCGAUCCCGGACAGUAGCAGUAGUGGUCCCUCGACCAGCAGUGGCAAAUCCAAAAUCAAUCUCGAAUCCAAUUCCACCUCUGGCGACAAUGGCAGUGACGAAGAGAAGAAGGAGGAAACCGUGUUUGAGUGUAACAUCUGUCUCGAUACGGCCAAGGAUGCGGUCGUUAGCAUGUGCGGUCAUCUGUUCUGCUGGCCCUGCAUUCACCAGUGGAUAAACGGGUACCGGAACACGUGUCCGGUUUGUAAAUCGUCGAUCAGCAAGGAGAAGGUUAUCCCGCUGUAUGGACGAGGUGGAAGCAAGGAGGAUCCACGAAAAACGGUUCCCCCGAGACCGGCCGGGCAGCGUACGGAACCCGAACAACCGCAAGGAUUCCAGGGUUUUACCGGCGAUGGUGGCUUUUCCAUGUCCUUCGGCAUCGGAGCCUUCCCAUUCGGGUUCUUCACGUCGACGCUCAAUUUCGGAGAUUUCCGGGCCACCAAUCCACCGCACGAGAAUACGCGCGAGUUCGACGAGGAUCAGUUCCUGUCGCAGAUUUUUCUGUACGUGGCACUGAUCUUCAUGGCCUGGCUGGUGUUUGCCUGAGAAGGACGACGAUGGAGGAUGUUCGGCGGCAAAAAAUAAUAAUCACACGAUACACGAAUGCCAUACGAGGUAAAUUUUUGAUGUUUAGAGCAGAUGCUGGGAGUCAUUUCUUGUGACCGUUAAAAAUUGGGCAUAUUUUGUGAUAAAAAAGAAUUUUUGGGAGAAAACAUGUACUAGGAAACGGGGCGGGUCAAACUAAUAAAUGUUGUAAAUUCUAAACAAAAUCAUCUACCUACUACUGCUAUAACUGUUCUGAGAGUUGCGUAAACUACUUGAAAAUCAAAACUGUAGCGAAAAAAACAACUUUUCAAGCGUAUCUUUUUCCGUUUGCUAUCGAGAUCUAUAUCGAGAAAGGUUCUUUCUGUAUACGUUGCGAUUUGCAAAAUCUCUAAGAGCAACCGCGAGUAAAACGCGAUAUUUAAGCGUUGUACGCUGUAUCGCAUAACCCUUUUUUAAAGUUUCUUUUCCUCGUCGUUAAAAGACUUUAAAAUCUUUCGACUUAAGUACUACAUCUACUGUUUUAAUCUUCAACCUACGUAUUUUAAGUUUAUAAUUGUUAAAAGAAAAAUAAAUGAAAGUCACGUGUUUCGGUCGUCCACGCGUCGUGACAACUCUGCUCCUAGGAUUAGUUAACAAACAAAAAAGUUUCCAAAACGAGAAGAGGGCGAAAUACAAGUUCGUUUGAAUCGUUUGAAGUUUAUUUCUGUAAAAUAUUGGCAACAACAAAACUCUCAAACGUGAGAAAACCGCAGACGUUUGUUUUGGACUUCUAUUUUCAGUGAAGACAUAAUCGAAAAAUAAACAUAUUUAAUCGUAAAGUGAAGUGCAA